CAGCCAUGCGGAGCGGACUACUGCCGCCGCUUCUGCUGCCGCUGCUGUUAGUCCAGCAGUGCGGCGUGGCGCUGGCCACGCUCAGGACUAUCGGGGGGCUGCGGCGGGGGCCCGGGACCGGGCCGGCGGUGGCCCAGGGCGGAGGGCUGGAGGCCGGGGGCCCCAGCGGGGGCGUGGAGAUCCUGCUGCGGCGCUCCAAGCGCGGCUGGGCCUGGAACCAGUUCUACCUGAUGGAGGAGUUCAUGGGCGACAGCAUGCAGUACGUGGGCAAGCUCCACUCUGACCAGGACCCCGGGGACGGGACGGUGCGCUACGUUCUGACGGGCGAGGGCGCGGGCGAGCUCUUCACCAUCGACCAGCGCUCGGGCGACAUCCACGCCACCAAGCGGCUGGACCGCGAGGAGCGCUCCGUCUACACGCUGCGGGCGCGCGCCGUCAGCAACCGCACGGGCCGCGCCCUCGAGGACUGGACCAACUUCACCAUCAAGAUCCACGACAUCAACGACAACGCGCCCACCUUCACCAAGUCCGUCUACAUGGCCAGCGUGCCCGAGAUGUCCGACGUGGGGACGUCAGUGAUAACGGUGACGGCCACAGACGCUGACGACAUCUCCUAUGGCAACAGCGCCCGCGUGGUCUACAGCAUCCUCCAGGGCCAGCCCUACUUCUCUGUGGAGCCCAACACAGGCGUCAUCCGGACGGCGCUGCAGGACAUGAACAGGGAGAACCGGGAGCACUACCAGGUGGUGAUCCAGGGCAAGGACAUGGCCGGCCAGAUGGGGGGGCUGUCAGGGACCACCACCGUCAGCAUCACGCUCAGCGACGUCAACAACAACCCGCCACGCUUCCCUCAGGGUGUGUAUCAGUUCAGCAUUCCUGAGUCGGCACAGCCAGGUUCCGUGAUCGGCGUUCUUCACGCGCGGGACAACGACGUAGGCAGGAACGCCGAGAUGGAGUACAAGAUCACCAGCGAGGACGGACGCGACCUGUUCAAGGUCAACACCGACAAGGACACCCAGGAGGGGGUCCUCACCCUCAACCGACACGUGGACUACGAGACCAAACGCAUGCACACGCUGAGGGUUCAGGUGGACAACCGCUACCUGGACCCGCGCUUCCGCUCGCUGGGGCCGUUCCACGACACGGCGCUGGUCAAGGUGGCGGUGGAGGACGAGAACGAGCCGCCCGUCUUCCUGCGGUCGUCGUACGUGAUGGAGGUGCCGGAGAGCGCCCCCGCGGGCACCAUCGUAGGGGCGGUCAGCGCCAUAGACCCCGACAAUAACCGCAGCCCUGUCAAGUACUCCGUUGACCGGCACACGGAUAUGGACCGCGUCUUCAACGUGUACCCGGGGAACGGCUCGGUCUACCUCCAGAAGAGCCUGGACCGUGAGACGCUACCCUGGCACAACAUCUCCAUCAGGGCUGAGGAGUUCAACAGUCAGAAUCAGAUCAGCCGGGUGCCCGUGUCCAUCAAAGUCCUGGACGUCAACGACAACCCUCCGAGCUUCGCCACCUUCUACGAGACCUUUGUCUGUGAAAACGCCAAGGCUGGACAGAGGAUUCAGAUGAUCAGCGCCACUGAUCCGGACGAGCCAAUCGGGGGCCAGCGCUUCUCGUUCCAUCUUGCGCCCGAAGCCUCGGUCAAAGCCAACUUCACAGUCCGAGACAAUAACGACAACACGGCGAUGAUCCUGACGCUGCGCAGCGGCUACAGCCGCCUCCACCGCAGCCGCUACCUCAUCCCCGUGGUGAUCGCCGACGGCGGGAGCCCCACGCUGAGCAGCACCAACACGCUGACGGUGCGCGUGUGCUCGUGCGACCGCGACGGCAACAUGAAGCUGUGCAACGCCGAGGCCCAGGCGCUGACCGCCGGACUCAGCACCGGAGCACUGGUGGCCAUCCUGCUCUGCGUCUGCAUACUACUGAUGCUGGUGGUGCUGUUUGCCGCCCUGCGGCGCCAGCGCAAGAAGGAGCCGCUGAUCAUCUCCAAGGAGGACGUGCGCGACAACGUGGUCAGCUACAACGACGAGGGCGGCGGCGAGGAGGACACGCAGGCCUUCGACAUCGGCACGCUGCGCAACCCCGAGGCGCUGGAGGACAGCAAGCUGCGGCGCGACAUCAUCCCCGACGCCCUCUACCCGCCGCUGCCGCGCAGGCCUCCCCCGUCGUCGGCGGCGGCGGCGAUCGGCGGCGCCGGGUCCGGCGCGGUGCCGGGGGCCCUCCGGGACAACGCCGACGUGCGGGACUUCAUCGCCCAGCGGCUGGCGGAGAACGACUCGGACCCGACGGCGCCGCCGUACGACUCGCUGGCCACCUACGCGUACGAGGGCAGCGGAUCGGUGGCGCACAGCCUGAGCUCGCUGGAGUCGGCGGCCAGCGACGGCGACCACGACUACAACUAUCUGAGCGACUGGGGCCCGCGCUUCAAGAAGCUCGCCGACAUGUACGGCACCGAGGACAGCGACAAGGAUUCUUAACGCCGCCGCCACCGCCUGGGUGGCCACCAGGGACUUGGAGGAGGAACGGUCAAGAAAACACACACACACACACACACACACACACACACACAGUCCCUUACGAAAACUCGGUCUCUCUUUUACAUACAUACAGUACACACACACACACACACACACACACACACACACACACAAAUAAACUAGAGCGGACAUUGUGCACUCUGCAGGCUCCGGGGACAAACUGUCCCCCAGUGGCCCUGUGGCUCGGACCUGCGUCACGAGAAAGACGGGAACUCCUGCAAAGGCUUCGACUUUCUAUCUUCUUUUCUCUUUGUUCUCUUUUUUUGUUGUUUUCUUUUCUUUUCCCCCAAGUGCCCUUUUUAAAAAGAACCGCUGUCACACCACUAAGCCUGAGCCUUUGGGACAACCAGGAAGUACCUCUCAUCGCUUGACCUCAAGCCGUGCAGAACAGAGCCCUCGACCUCUGACCUUUUGACUCCUGGGCUGAUAUUAGUCAGUAUUAGUUGCUCCCGCUCAGAGCAGUGAAGCUCUCUGAGGGAAAAAGAAAAAAAAAAGAAAAAGAAAUAAACACACGAGAGCGACAGACCUCUCUUCUCAGCCCUGACUCUGUAUAGGAAAAACACUUUUACUUUUGUCCUUACUUUUUCAUCUUCUCAAAGCAUCUGCUACACUUAUGGAAAAGUGGGCAGUCAUGAAGAUGUAUUCACACACACACACACACACACACACACACACAUACUCCCACAACCCAUGCAGAAGCUCAUAGACACAUUGCAGUGCUUGGGGGGCUAGGGGAUGUAUUGGCGUAUUGUGAGUUCAACGACUAUGUUUACUGUAACUCAGAUACAAUAUGCUGCCUUAUUGUGUUUGUUGGUUAGACACCCACACACAUACACACAAACACACAUAAUAAACACACCUUUAGGGCAGGAUAAGAAUGCUCUACAGUCGCCAGGUUCAACACAAACCCACACUUCACUUAGAAUCACACCUCAGUAAACACCAAAAUAAACGUCUCAAAUCCAGGAGUCAUCGAAAGUGUAUAAAAAGUGUACCCAUAAUGCUCUGGUUGAAGAUAGAAGAGGUUUUAUGUGUGUGUGUGUGUGUGUGUGUGUGUGUGUGUGUGUGUGUGUGUGUGUGUGUGUAUGUAAUUGAGUGAGUGAAUUCUGUUAGUUAUUCUUGACUGCACAAGGUGAAGCAUCACUGUUCCAGAUACAGCGCAGGUCUCUUUAACUGGUGUGUUAAUGACUUUUAUACAUCUGUUGACUCAAAAUGGCACAGUUUGGUUUCAGUCCAGGUACUCUACACAAAAGAGGGAAGCAGAGUAGUGAAGUGAAAAGGAAGAGAAAAUGUCAAUGAAAAAAAGUGGAUAGAUGUUGUAGAAAAGGAAAAAGAUAGAGCAGUUAGAGAUUUAAUCUUACAGAGCCAGAUGGUAAAAUCAAUACGGGAGAAAGAGAAAGAUUUGAGACAAGCUGCAUCCAAACACACACACACACACACAACCGUUUGGUAGAACUGAGCACUUUGAUAGGUUACAAGAAAUACAAGCAAGCAAAGACUGCAAAAUCCCCCAGGUCACAUUUUCCAAAUCCUCACAGGUCAUUAAUUACACAUCAAUUACUCAUUUAUAAACAUAUGAAUACUGUAAUUACAACCCACUCCACUCAACCAUUCUCUUUUAGGCUAAACACACUAAGAAUCAAAAAAUAUUUCAACACACACACACACACACCAUUCCACCUAUUAUAUACUAGCUAUAUGACACUGUUUUCCAGUAGCCGGUGGAUUAGUGUAGACAAUCGGUGGGGAGGGGAGGGUUAGACACGUUUGUGGUGACUAUUUGUGAAAGCGCUUAAUGUGGCUUCUUUACAAGCCUUUAGCUGAAAGCUCUUUACACAGACUGGAGACACAUGUUGCUGGAUUACCACACAUUAACAAGAAGAACACUAAAGACGAAGGCGGAUGAUCAUCGGAGUGGUUUUGUUGUUGUUAUCACUGUAACAGGAGACUGGAGGACCUCGACAGAUAUCGUACGCCGUCCUCCCGUCGUUUUCUUGCUGGUUGUCAGAGGGAGAGAGCACACAAUGGAGUGACCGCUUGUCCAAGGCGCUCUGGGGACAAAUCUAGGAAUGGACGUAGCCCUACAGAGACAACGGACAAGGUGGUCUUUCACUCCGGGACAUGAAAUGAAAAAAUGACCGAAAGGAACGGACGACCGACCGUCAGGAUCACUGGACAGCUUUUGCGUGUGUGUGCUCGCUUGCGCUCUCUCUCUGAAUGUUUGUGUAGAUACAGGAAGCCUGGCUGCAGAGCCUGCCCGUGUGUCUUAUGUCCUGUGGGUGAAGUCGUGUAGUCUGACUGUGCGAGUUUGUGCAUUUUAUUUUUAUUU